UAUCGCAUGAUUUAUUCGACGCGGAAUGAAAGUUGGUCGCCAUUUUCUGCAAACUGGAAAUCGAUUUUUAUUAUAUUUUUUAUUUUUAUUUUUUAAUUAUUAUUAUUGUGAUCGUUAAUUCAGAUUCUAUUUAUGCCAAUUGCCAAAUGUGUGAUUCCGAUUCACUCUCAUUUUCUUUUCCUUUUCAAUUCAUUCGGUUGAUCAUUCAUCAGAAUUUGGCGUUUCUAGAUUGUGAUUCUGCACAAUAAUUUGAUUAUUUGCAGCUAGAAUGGAUGACGCGAGUAAUUCAGCGGAGAAAUUAGGGGCAAAUGCAAUGCAAGCUAAUGUAAUUCGGGAUGGCGAUGGAUCGUCUAGGGUUAUAUUGUCGGAGCCCACCGGUUGUACGGCUGAGGUGCUUUUGCACGGUGGGCAGAUCGUUUCAUGGAAGAAUGAAAGAAGAGAAGAGUUGCUAUUUAUGACCAAUAAGGCUCUUUGGAAGGCUAGUAAAGUCAUCAGGGGUGGGAUAUCCAUUUGCUUUCCACAGUCUACCAAUUUUGGGUCCCUGGAGCAAGUUGGAAUUGGGAGGAAUAGACUGUGGUCAGUAGAUAGCUCUCCUUCGCCUUUGCCUCCUGCCAAUAACCGCUCAACGGUGGAUCUUCUGCUUAAAUCCACAGAUGAAGAUCUGAAGACUUGGCCGCACAGAUUUGAGUUACGUCUACGGAUCUCUGUGACUGCUGGCAAGCUCACCGUGAUCCCGCGAGUGCGGAACGUUGAUAGCAAGCCAUUCUCCUUCACAUUUGCUCUAUGCAGUUACCUAUCCCUCUCUGAUAUCAGUGAAGUGCGUGUUGAGGGCUUGGAGACACUGGACUACUUUGAUAACUUGUUACAAAGGGAAAGGUAUACUGAGCAGGCUGAUGCAAUUACUUUUGAAGGUGAGAUUGCACAAUAA